AUGGCGGACGAUGACCGCUGCCAGCUGUGUGGCGCCUGUGACUCUUGGAGGCACGCUCUGCUAGAUUAUUCUAUGUCCCGAUGUGUGUGGGCUUUGUUAUAUGAAGAAGUAACGGAGCACGUCAGCAGUUCGGACGAUGGCGAUGCAAGGGCGUGGAUUGCAGGAUUGAUCAAAACCUUGAAGCAUGAUGAUCUCACGACGGUGCUGGUUACGCUAUGGGCCAUCUGGCAUGCCAGAAGGAAGGCGAUCCACGAGCAGAUUUUUCAGAGCCCUCUGCCGGUUCACUUGUUCGCGGAGAGGUUUGUAACGGACCUGAAACAGUGCAAGGAACUUAGGAAGAAGGAACCAGCUACCGUCACUGAGCAGCGGGCGAUGGGAUGGAUCCCGCCACCAAGGGGGAUGAUCAAGAUCAAUGUUGACGCUGCGGUGGGCAAGAAUGGAGGCUACGGCACGGUGGCGGCGAUAGCCAGAACGGAGGAUGGAGUGUUCGCUGGGGCAUCGACGCUCGUGUUCCCUGGAAAGUCUAGCGCUGAGAUCCUGGAGGCGUUGGCGUGCAGGGAGGCCUGCGCCCUGGCAAAAGACAUACACGGCCGCAGGGUUAUGGUGGCAACGGACCGUAAGAAUGUUGUCACUAGCCUGGACGAGGGGACACUCGGAAGUUACGCUCACAUUGUGAGAGAGAUCAAGGAGUCUAAGGGCGAUUUUGAUGCUCUUGAGUUCCGCCACGAAGCUAGGAUUUCGAAUAAAGAAGCACAUUGUUUAGCUAGAAGUGUAGUUUAUGAUGAACCAGACCACCGGGUGUGGCUAGUUAGGCCGCCAGAGGGAUUCCAUGUAUCGAUUACCUCUGAUUAA